AUGGCGAUGUCAACGCCGCUGACUCAGCAGGCUGUCUCGCCCGUCUAUCUGCUCGUUGGCGGUCUCGUCGCUGUUCUUCUCUAUCUCUUCAUCCAGAGCAAGAGGGCAGGACUAGACCAUAUCCCGGGACCGUGGCUGGCCAAAUAUACCAAUGCUUGGCGCGGGUUCCAGGCAUGGCGGCUCAACCACCACAACGAGGCAGUCAACAACUACCAGAUCAACAUGAUCGGCCGCUAUGGAGACGUGGUCAGAAUCGGUCCCAAGCAUGUGCUGGUCUACGACCCGGAGGCUAUCGACACGAUCUUUGGCUUUCGAGAACGCCUUGACAAGGCAAGUACCCUACCCGGCCCUCAGGGCCCGGGAUACCAAGUUUUCGUCAUGACCGGCACGGACCAGACGGCGUUGGUCAGCAUCAAGGAUGAGAAGACUCACGGAAUCUACCGACGGCCCAUCGCUCAUGCGUAUUCGCUGUCAUCCCUCAAAGGCUACGAACCGUACAUUGACGAAACGAUUGAAAAGCUGAUCAAGGAGCUCGACAAGCAUGACGCCGACGGCACGCCCAUCAACAUGACCCGUUGGCUUCAAUACUGGGCUUUCGACGUCAUGUCCAAGAUCUCGUUCGGCGAGCCGCUCGGGUUCCUGGACCACGGGUACGACUUCAACGGCAUGAUCCAGGCGCAGCGGGAGAACUUCCGGUACAUCAGCGUGGCCAACAACUUCCCGCUGCUCGACACACUGACGAAGCGCAACCCGCUGUUGAAGUGGGUCACCAAGAAGCCGAGCAUGUUCUUCACGUUUGCGCGGCGGGUGGUCAGCGAGCGGCUGGCGCAGGCGUCGUCCAAGGACCCGCAGGACGCCGAGUUCGAGGCGCAGUCGCGGCGGCACCAGGACCUGCUGGGCAGCUUCAUCGCGGCGCGCAAGGCGUACCCGCUCAUGACGGACCUGCGCAUCACGCACCUGACGGCGACCAACGUGCUGGCCGGGGCCAACAACAGCGCCCGCGCCAUGGACGCCACCAUCCACUGGCUCGUGGAGCACCCGGAGGCGCAGGAGCGGCUGCACGCCGAGAUCCGCAGCGUCAACAUGGCGGCCAUGAAGCAGACCGACACCGAGGGCCCCGCGGCGCUGGAACUCGCCCUGAAAAUGCCCUACCUCGACGCCGUGAUCCACGAGUCCUACCGCCAGUUCGGCGCCCCGGCAAACAACCUCGAGCGCGUCGCCGGUCCCUCGGGCCUCACCCUGCCCAAUGGUGGCGUACACCUACCUCCCGGGACGGUCGUCGCCAUGAACGCCGCAUCCAUGGCCAUGCUGCCGCACAUCUUCGGCAAGGAUGCCCGCGCCUUCAACCCAGAGCGCUGGCUGCAGCAACCGGGCGAGUCCGAGGAAGAGUUCCACAACCGCAAGAUCCGCAUGCACCGCUCCAUGCUGGUCUUUGGCCACGGCAGCCGCAGCUGCAUCGGCAAGAACAUUGUCCAGCUCGAGCUGUACAAGAUCUGGGCCACGCUGUUGAGGAUCUACAAGUUUGAACCCGCCCAAGUCAAGCUCCACCAGGUCAUGACCAUCCCGCGGCGCCGGGAGCAGAAGACCGAGAAGUCGGUCGAGAUCUGA